AUGAAUUCCACGAAAAAAGCAUCUGAUGUCACUUCCAAAGCGGAUUGCAAUCUUUCACCGUGCGAUGUCUUGGAUGUAUUCAGUAACAAUCCCAAACCGGGACAAACAAUUAGUACGGGCUGCACGAGCGACUUGCAUUGGAGGAAACUCGACCGAAGACUACAGUCAAUUGAACAGCCCGUAUGGACAAUAAGUUUUAGUCAAUCACGCUGGCGACAAUGUUCUAAGAGUUCCUGUAGGUGCGAUUCAGUUCACCGGUCCCUUAAUUGUUGGAGGGCCGGCCUCACAUCCCUCUCACCAGAACUCAUCGUUCCAGCGGAUCUACAUACUAUAGACCUAGGAACCAACAAACUCCGUACAUUACAUAAGACGACAUUCAAAGGAAUGCGUUCUUUAACAGAGUUGGAUAUGUUCGAUAAUCACGUUGAAUUCUUGCCUCCUGGAAUUUUUGAUUCACUUGUUAAUUUGCGAAUACUCCGCCUACAAAGAAAUUACUUAGAAGAAAUUGAUGGAGAAGCCUUUCGAUACACGAAAAGACUUUUUCAUGUGGAUUUAUCAAAUAAUUUUCUAUACACCCUUCCAGAAAGAUUAUUUGUUAACAACUCUUAUUUGGAAACCAUUGACUUAUCGAAUAACCAAAUUAUUUAUAUGCCUUCUGAUACUUUUAUCGGCCUGAAAUCGCUUCUAAUUCUUGAUUUAUCAAGAAAUAAAAUUUUACAAAUAGAAAAUGCAACAUUUAUAUUAAAUCGUCUUCAAAUACUGAAACUUUCAGAUAAUAAAAUUACUAAUAUUACCGAGAAUGCUUUUGAAAGUCUCUCUUCUUUGGAAACAUUAUUGCUUGAUAAAAAUGAUUUGAGGAACAUACCUACCGCUCUGUUUCGAAGCCUUUAUUGUUUAAAUUUUUUAGAUUUAUCAAAUAACUAUAUUGUAAGCUUGACUGGACUCGAGUUUCAAAGCUUAAGUCAGCUUCGAAAUUUAGAUUUGAAAGGAAAUUUAAUAUCAGAAAUUCCAGACGACACAUUUGCCAACUGUUCAAACUUAGAGAAAAUUGACUUGUCCAAAAAUAAGUUGCGAUACCUAAACGCUUCAGCUUUUCGUGGUUUGGAAAAUCUAACAACACUCAUUCUAUCCGAUAACCAGAUAUAUGAAGUACAUUUUAAGACGUUUUAUAAUUUAAAGAAUCUCACAACAUUAUAUUUGGAUAGUAAUAUGUUUCCAUCUAUGCCAUCUCGUACAUUGGAUUACAUGCCUAAACUUGGUAAUGUGAAACUUUCAAACAACCCCUGGCACUGUGACUGUCACGCCCUCUACAUAUCCGCAUGGGUUCGUUUAAACGAAAUGAAGAUAUGGGAUUAUUCACCGACUUGUAUUUCACCUUGGUAUUUAGAAGGACAUUUCCUGAAGAAAUUGAAGUUUCCUGAAUUGUGCACUGGACAAUGGGCCAGUAUGGUGAAUCUAUCACCACGUUUACCGAUGCAGCAACUAUUAUCUCUCAAUGUUACAGUAAAUCAGAAGCCUCAAGGCAGCAUCGAACAAUCAAAUGACGAUAUUGAAGAAUGGUGA